AUGCCUCUCAGAUCCACCCGCCACACCACCACCACCGCCCCCCGCCGCGGCGGCCUCUUCACUCGUCGCCGCGCCCCGGCUCGCACCCACCACCACCACACCACUACCACAACUACCACCCGCAAGCGCGGCGGCCUCUUCUCCCGCCGCCACGGCGCCGUGACCACGGCCCCCGUCCACCACCAGCGCCGCAAGCCCUCCAUGGGCGACAAAAUUUCGGGCGCCAUGCUCAAGCUCAAGGGUACCCUGACCCGUCGCCCCGGCCAGAAGGCCGCUGGCACUCGCCGCAUGCACGGCACUGACGGCCGAGGUUCCCACCGCCGCUACCGCUACUAG